AUGGUCGCCUCUGCCUCGUCCACCCCGCAGCCCUCCGCCCUAACCACCCUGAUCGGCUCAACCAACAGCGCCGCCGACGCCGUCGCCGCUCUCAGUGUCCAAAUUCUUCACAACCUCCAACACCAACAUCUUUGGACUUCCUUACGAAUCCAUGACCCUUGUAGUCUCUCCCCCCGCCAACAUGCUCCCUUAAUCUCCGGUUUUCCUCCGCAAACGGUCUACACGCACCCCGAUGAACAAGCGUACCUCCUCGAACACCGCAUCUCCCCUGACUCUGUGCCAGUAGAAAGAGAAUGGAUUAUCCCCACGGCCCAGGGCCAGUCGUGGACUUUGAAAAAGCUAUCUGGGCUGUUUGAUUCCCUGCCAGAGAAAAAAGAGGAUUUACCGGAGGAAGAUAUAUCAGCAGAGGGGAAACCGAGAGAUAUGAAGUUGGAAGAGUUUAUUAGGCGCAAGAAAGAAGAGCCUUGGGCAGGGAAAAGAGCCCUGCUGGCAAUGGUGAAUAGAAACAUGGGUGGUGAUGGCACUGUGGUGUACUACGUAGUGCUUGAAGGUGCUAUUAAGCCUAGACAGAAUUGA